CGCCUUAGCUAAAAACCUGGACUGGCAUAUGAUACCAUCUAAAAGCUGAAUACAUGAUUUAAGCUCCACCAAAAUAUCGUACAACCGUGACCGUUUGCAUGAUUAACCAAGCGUUUAAGUUCAGACAUAGAAACAGUGCCGCACGCCAUUUAAACAAAAGCAUACCUGUAGCUGAGGAUUCAUAGACGUCAUGAGAGGUUUUCGUAUCACACUCAGGACAACACUUGGUAUAUCAUUCUUGGUUCUUAUUUGGCUGGUGGUCUUGCACGUAGGUAACUUUCUAAGUCGACCAGACCGCUUGAGACGAAUGCCGCACUGGUCAAACUUUGGUCGAACAGGAGAACGUAUGGUCGUAGAUGAACCUCUCUUAAAUACUGCAACGGAACCACCUUUGAUCCUGGGAAGGAAUUUUCAUCACAUGCAGUACGGAUUGAGUGAAGAACACGAGAAGAGGAGGAAUACUAUUGAACGUGUAUGUGACAAAAGUACACACGGCUAUUACGGAAGGUCAGACGGAUCUAAAUUGGCAAAAAAGCUGGUAAUCGAUCAUCGUCACCGUAUCGUCUAUUGUGCUGUUCAAAAAACUGGCUCAACAUUUUUGAGAAGCCUUUUGGGUAUCGUAAAAACAAGUGAGAAGAGUGAUUUGGACUCUCGAUGGAUACACAACAAAAGGAAAAACAUGACCGACUUAACGAAUUUUCAUUAUAUUCUAACAAAAUCAUGUAAGAUGAUGUUCACACGUGACCCAUAUCAGAGGCUGUUUUCGGGAUAUGUGGAUAAACUCUUUACCGUAAAUACAAUGUACUGGAAAACGACUGGAACUUACAUAAAAAAUAAACUUCUGAAUCGUGACCAAGAACCGCAAACACACUGUGGACACGGUAUAACAUUUCCGCAAUUCAUAAACUACAUUAUCGAAUCGGAGAAAACGGGCGUGCAUACGGAUCCACACUUCACGCCAAUUUACGAACACUGUAGGCCGUGUCAGAUAUCUUAUGACUUUAUAGGGAAGAUGGAAACAUUUACGAAUGAUUCGUUAACUUUGUUGAAUGCUUGGAACAAACUUUAUGGCAUCAAUGUUACAUACGAUGAUUUUGAAGCAGAAACGGCAUUAAGCAGAGCCAUUGGACACACAGGGCGUCUAUACAACAUGCGAAACGGAUUAGAGAAAUGCAUUUCAUUUUAUUCCGGUAUGCAACGAAUAUGGAAAGACCUUCAAAUUCGAGGUAUUUUAACGAAACGUGCAAAACUUCCGUUUACAGAGUCAGAGGCGAACAAUGUGAACAGAACGCAGCUGGUGGAUAUUUUGACUAAAGCAAUUCAGAAAAGUAGCAUGGAUCGAACAGCGCUUCGUCAACAGCAGACAGAGGCUAUGAUACAGGCCUACAGACAGGUUCCUGUGAAAGACCUGCUUAGGCUCAGGGAAGUGGUGAGGCCCGACUGUGAAUUAUUCGGGUACGAAGUGGCUCCUAAUUACAUUUUUAACCGCAGAGAUUCGUCACACAAGUUGAGUUCCUUUAAAUAUUUCAAAAUUGACGAAUGAUUGUAUUGGUUGUCCGUGCAUCGUCCUGUCUUUUAUCUUGUAUUAUUUGGUCGUGGGAUAAGUUGUCUAGCUCUUUACUUGGAAUGAAGUACAGUGUUUGUUUUGAAUGUAUUUGAUCUGAAGCAUUCCUGGCCAGGGGUUCAAAACAAACGAAGAACAUUGCCAUCCCUUGAGACGUGCCACAAAUGUGAUAAGCCAAUGAAGGAAAUUCAACGAUUUAUAAGUGAUCAUUGUCGCUUUAACGGUACAAGUGUAACGCCCUAUCCGUACUGACGUGACGUGAACAUACAAAAGGAAUAAAGUUCACAUAUUUAUUAUUUCCACGGCCUAAUAACUAUAAUCCAAAUCGUGUAUAAAUUCAAGGUAUUUCACUCCAUCAUUCACACUAUCGUCCGGACGCAUCACACUACAAAUGUACACAUACAGUCCCCGAUCCAGUUACGAACUAUCUAAUCAUAUGUAAAUCCUAAAGCCACGCACGGAACAAAGCUAUAAACAAACAGUAAACUCCCAAACUGACACUGUAAAACAACUGUAAAGCUCCAUAUAUACGGCACCUAGUGUUUAUAGGCACUAUAAUUAGCCAUCAUCCCGACCUUUAACCUUUGCUGGUGCCACGCGCGUGGACAGUAUCGAUUGCUUGACCAUCAUAUCUACUUUGACUACUGUACUGUACACACGGUCCCCUUGACCUGCACCAACCAUAUCCUGUAUAUACACACACAUCGUAUACAUGUACCGUUAUAAACACCUUACCACAAUUAGUCCACAUUAUAACUUUCAGCACUAUCAAUCCUCUUAUUCACUACACUACCUUUUAACCUCAUUUAAACAGAAGUAUCUUACUACUAUUUGACAACUAUAUUAUCAUAAUAUAUAAAAAUAUAUAUUCAUCUCCUCAUUCCCCAUAUGUGAUAAAUGUGUUCCAGACAUACGCAUUGAAUAUCUUACAGUACUUUUCUCUUCGGGUUUUUUUUUUUUUUUUUUUUAAUAUAUACACUUUACAUAUAUAUAACCUAUACUUAACAUAUUAUAUCUUCUCAUCUCAUACAUUACCCAACAUGUACAUAUAAGUAUGAUACUAUUACUGUUAACAUCAGUAGAAUAUCCUAACAUUCUGUAUCACGCAAUCAACGUUAACGUCAUCACACUAUCACGUUUCAACUCUAAGAUUUCUUCAUCCUCCAUUCACUCUAGAUUCGAGAUAGCCGAUGACAUACAAAUAAGUGUGUACACAUUGUAAGGAACAAUACAAUUCUCCAUAUCCUCUAGUAUAUACUAUACUCAUGGUUUUAACGAUAAAAUCCACCCAUACACCCUAGUAAAUUAUAUUAACAUAUAUGCAUACAAACGUACGUUACCUUGUUUUACGGAAAUUCCACCAAAAUGUUAUGAUAUAAUCCAAAUUAAUAAUGUUAAAUGUCACAGUUAAUGUAUUAUUAUCCAGUCACUUUUUUGGUAUCACAGUUCAGUUCAGCAUCACAGCUCAGCAUCACAGUUUAAUUUAGAUCACAGUUCGUUAAAACAGUGUAAAUCUAAUCCAAUCACGUUUAUUUAAGCGUUCACCUAGAAAAUUAGCGGUUAAAGUUAAUCCAUUAGAUAAUCCAAUUCGAAAGUUUCACACCAUUUCACUUGUUUUUUUAAUAAAAGUAUCCAGUCACACUGCGCUUAUUUGGAAUAUUUGUUUUUAUCAAAGGUAUACAGUUUUGAUACUAUAGUUCCAUCUUUCAGCUGCUGUUAUAUUAAUCCACUGUUCAUCCCCCAGGGCUGGCGUCCAUAAAGGACAAUAAGUCGCUGAAUGUGUUUAUAGUUCAAAUAUAUAAUACUUUCUCUUUUAAGCAAAGCGUUCAAUUUAAUUAAGGACACAUGUUUUGUUUUUAAUAAUGUUUUCGAAUGUUGGUUCCCCUGUUCAUUCAUUGCUUCUUGACAUAUGUCCUCCGAGUUAAUGUCCUCCUCGCUCACUCCUUCGGAGUAAAUCACCUCCGGCAUUCUCUUCUCCUCCGUCGGCGUAUUUCGUCACCGUCUUUGUCAGACAUAUUGUCACGAUCUUCUUAGAGAUAUCAACCGCCUCCCCGGAAAGGAUUCGUGGAUGGGUGGGUGGGGGUGGGGAGCGGGUACAUAAUUGCCCAAGUUGACGCUGGUCCGGCGGUGGGUAUCUUGGGAACUUCGUAUUCACUCUCCUCUCCAUCAUAUAAAUCGCUUAACAAUUCCAUCAACUCAACAUCAACAUCUUGGUGGAAAUCUUCCGGGAGGCCUGGCAAGUCAAGUUCUUCCUUUAGCACGAAGCUCCUUAUUUCGAGUGGGCGUAGUGGUUAUUUUUUUCUGUAAAGUCCGUUAAUCCUUUAAAAUUUUCGAUAGCGCAGGGGAGUUAUUACGGCUCGUCCAGUGCGCGUUGUCCGAGUGGCGUCAGACAGCUCAGCUGUCUCUCACUGGGACUGGGGUUGAGCAAGACCGGGGCUGGUGAGGACCGUCAAGAUAGGAUAACUCGUCCGGACUUGGAGCAUGAUAUAACAUUUUAUAGUGUAUACGGUCCUCAUCUGGGACAUUCUUAUCAGGAAAUAGCGUGGAUAUGUUUCAUUUAUACAUUUAUAAACUAAAGGAAGAUAAUGUUCCUGAGCAGGGAUAUCCUGAUCAGGAAAUAUAGUACUAAUUAUAUCCGUAUUGAUGAUUCAAAUACAUGAAGAUGGCAGUGUUUACAGUCAAAGAGAGGAAUAA